CCCGCCCCCCCUUUCGGUUUGAGACACGCGCCGGAUUAAAUGGGAGCGGCUUGACGCGCGCGCGGGCUGCUGGGUCUCCACAGCAACAUCGAGCAACGACAGAAAACUGUGCUGCAUCGACGCAUCGGCUCUGUGUUCAGUCUCCAACAUGUCGUCCGGAAAAAUGGGGCUGUAUCGCUCGCAGCCGCGAGACUUCAGCAACCUCUUUCAGACAUGCAGCUCUAAUAUUCAGAAAAUAACACACAACACCGGCCAAAUCAAAUCCAUGCUGUUCCAGCUUGGUAGCAGACCAGACACUCCUGAACUUCAGGACAGACUUCAGCAGAUGCAGCAUUACACAAAUCAGCUAGCCAAAGAGACCAACAAGCACCUGAAAGAACUGGGCUCUUUACCUCUACCUCAGUCUCCUUCAGAACAGCGGCAGCAGAGGAUCCAGAAGGACCGGCUGAUGAACGACUUCUCAGCAGCCCUCAACAACUUCCAGGUGGUGCAACGUCGAGCAGCCGAGAGGGAGAGAGAGUCCAUGGCCAGGGCUCGAGCUGGCUCACGCGUCCUGGUUGAAGAAAGCAACCAAGAUGAGCAACUUGUGACUUUUGAAAAGAAUGAAGACUCAGGGCCGUUCCAGAGUCAGGUUGAAGAGGAGCCCAUCACAGAAGAGGACUUGGAGCUGAUCAAGGAGAGGGAAACCAACAUCCGGCAACUGGAGGCAGAUAUCAUGGACGUGAACCAGAUUUUUAAAGAUUUGGCAGUUAUGAUUCAUGACCAGGGCGAUAUAAUAGAUAGCAUAGAGGCUAAUGUGGAGAGCGCUGAGGUGCAUGUGGAGCACGGGACUGAGCAACUGCAGCGUGCUGCCUACUACCAGAGAAAAUCACGCAAGAGGAUGUGUAUUCUGGCUUUAGUGCUGUCCUUAGUGGUGACUGUCUUUGCCAUUAUUAUUUGGCAAGCUACCAAAUAAGGUGACAUCACUCAUUUGAAUUUGGUGCACUUUAAGAUAUCCAGUGGUGACUGGCUGGUGAGUGUUUUGUUUGUGUAUGGAAAUUAACUGCAAAUAAUUGCUUUUAUUAUUUAGAACAUCCAUAUUUACACUAAAUAUUGACAGCAUCUUGCAUGUCCAGUAUUGCUUUUUACACCUUUGUAGGGCAAGUUGAGUCUUGUGCAUUUUCCAAGUAUUAUGCAAAAUAGUACGAGGGGUGAUGGUUCACUGAUAAUGGAUUUGGUGAACAAAUAUGAAGUUGAUUAAAAUGAAAAGUGAAUGAAACAGUGAUUGAUUAUUUUAUUUGAUUGAAUUGCGAUUCGAUUAAAACUGCAAGUUUUAUAAAACAUGAGCCAUAUUUUGUUAUCACUUUUUCAUUUGGCAUACUUCAUUGUACGUAACAAAAAUGGCUAUUUAAAUGAUAAAAUGAUGCAGAGAUUAAAGAAAAGUAAAUGAUUACUGCUCAGUUCAUGCUUUUCAUUACCCAUUAUAAAUGUAUUUAUCAAAAUGAUAGUAAUAUUCAGUAGUGAAUAUAAAUGGUAAAUAUGGCUAAUAUUUUUUAGAAAAUCUUCACUGUUCUGAUCAGAUUAUUUUGAAUUUAUCAUAAAAGUUUUUCACUUUUAUUUUCAGGUGAAUGUUUAUUUUUGUUCAGUUUUUACAGUUAUAUCCAUUAUUGUUUGUUUCUUUAACUCCACAUACAAUAGCAGUGGGUGGCAUGAUGAUAUGUGGGUGAUGCUGCAUAUGUCUGCCAUCCAAGAAACAGUUAAAUGGCAAAUUCUCUAUUUAUUUUUGGUCUCAUACAAUGGUAGCAGUAUACAUAAAAAAAAGAACUCUCAUCCCUACGUAAUUUUACCCAAUGAAGAUGUACAAACUACCAAAUUAAAGCUGUUCUUUAAUGUCAUUCAUGGUUUCAUUUCAAAUCUGGUGUGCUGGGGUACAGAAUUAACAACAAAUCUGUGUCAUUGUCCUGAUGUGAAUUGCUCUAAUGAAGGUGUGGCACAUACUGUACAGGUAGUUCCUGAUAUUCUGUUUUGUCUCUGAAAGCAUACUGUAAAUUCCAAAAGUGGCUCAGUGAUAUUCUUUUUGUAUAAUAACAUUAUUGUUAUCUUAAAGAAAAUGCUUUUUUUCAACAUGUAUGUAACAUUGGUGGUACAAAAUGUAUAUAUCAUAUAUUGGUGGCUGCCAUUCAUAUAACGAGGCUACUGUGGGGCGUUCUUUCAAACGAUAUAGAUACUAUGUUUAUGUAUGCUUGUGUGCAUGUGUGUAAAUGUGUGUGUGUGUCAACUCAUUAAUCUAAGCUCAGUAACUGAAACUCUGAACUCUGCUACAAUGAUCUGUUGAGAUUUGGCUGAACUGUGAUGAAUGUAUGACGAACUGUGAGAAUGUAUGGGUUUUUAUGUAAAAUCUGAUGUUAGCAUUAGUGAUGUUUUUGAUUAAGUUUAAGUACCAAUAUGUAGUAUGCUCUUGUAACACGCACACACGUGCACACGUGCGCACAUGCACACACAGUUAUUCUGGUGAACACAAAUCUUCCUCUCAUGACUGGUACUACUCAUAUUUAGUAAAGUAUCAUCACAAUAGGAUUGCAGGCGCAGCUUCUUUCUCACCAUGAACUUCUUUAACGUUAUCUAUAUUUAAAAUCUUUUUCCACUGUUUUUUGUUUUCUGAAAAUUACUAGUGUGGCUCUUACAGUAAACGUUAGGUACCAAAAACUAGAGUGGGAAAUAUGAAGUCUAAGAUUUCAUUAUGAUCCACAUGAUGACGCCUCUCACUUUACACCUGUCUUUCUGUAUAUAUUAAAUAAAUGAGAAUGUCCAUCAA